AUGGCGGCAAGUUAUUUCGACCAGCUCAGUCCUGGCGUGCAAGAAGCGAUCGAGAGUGAGCUUGCAGGUGACCAAGACUCCAAGAGUAUUGCCAGCGUAAACAGCCAUGACGAUGCGCUAGAGGUAGUCUUCGAAGGCGGAUACCACAGUCGGCGCCGCAAAGCUUCCCUCGCGCCAAUCCCAGGCAAAAUGACAUCUCGUCCCGAAAACGGCCGCCGUACAACCGCCUGUAUCGUUCACUCAUUACUAGAGAAACAGGAUGGGGUUCCAGUCAAGGACCACUCGCAGUCGUAUGAGGGAUUAGCGCAAGAGAGGCGCGUGGACAAGGACUCACAGACGACGCGCGCCGAGCAGACGGAACACUCACGGUUGUUGACAAAGAAGGAGCUAUCAGACAUGGCAUUUGGGAUACGAGAGCUUUCCAAGAAACUGUCGCAGAUUCGGCUCAAAUUACAUGUGAAGAACAUCUUCAUCUUGGGCAAGGCGCAUGACGAGGCUUUGGUUAAGAACUCGCGCGAAGUCACGGAUUGGCUUCUGACGAAGAGCAAGGAUUAUACAGUGUAUGUGGAACAGACACUACAGGAUAAUGACAUUUUCGAUGCGGCAGGACUGUUGGAAAAGGAGGAUUUCAAGGGUCGUCUCAAGUUCUGGACGAAUGAGAUGUGCGCCAAAAGGCCGCAAACCUUCGAUAUCAUUCUGGCGCUUGGAGGCGACGGCACGGUCCUUUACGCCUCAUGGCUCUUCCAGCGCAUUGUUCCACCAACAAUUGCAUUCUCCCUAGGCUCUCUCGGCUUCCUCACAAAGUUCGAUUUCGAGCUCUACCCCCAAUCCCUCUCGACCGCCUUCGCAGACGGCAUCACCGUGAGCCUCCGUCUCCGCUUCGAAGCCACCAUCAUGCGAACGCAGAAACGCGACGGCAAAGGCCGUGAUCUAGUAGAAGAGCUCAUCGGCGAGGAAUGCGACGACCACCAUACCCACAUAUCCGACGGAACCCACAACAUCCUAAACGAAGUAGUCGUCGACCGCGGGCCAAACCCCACAAUGUCGUCGAUUGAACUCUUCGGCGACGACGAACACUUCACCACGGUCCAAGCAGACGGAAUAUGCGUCUCCACCCCCACAGGCUCCACAGCAUACAACCUCGCAGCCGGUGGCUCCCUCUGCCACCCAGACAACCCCGUCGUCCUCGUCACAGCAAUCUGCGCACACACGCUCUCGUUCCGCCCCAUCAUCCUCCCCGACACUAUUGUCCUCCGCUGCGGUGUGCCGUAUGAUGCGCGAACGAGCUCGUGGGCUAGUUUCGACGGCAGAGAACGCGUCGAGCUUAAACCAGGUGACUAUGUGACGAUUAGUGCUAGUCGAUUCCCGUUUCCGAGUGUGCUCCCACUGAAUAAGACGAGGACGGAUUGGAUUGAUAGUAUUAGUCGCACGCUGAAUUGGAACAGUAGACAGAAGCAGAAGGCGUUUAAGGAGUGGAGUUCGUAGUAGGCGGGGAGUGGGGGGUUAAACAAAGGUUGUAGCCA